CCUCCUUCCUUCCUCGUCCCAUGGGUGAGCGGGGACCCCCGGGAGCGGGCAGCGGCGGCGGGGCCAUGGCGCGCCAGCCCGCGCUCCCCCUCGCCCUCCUCCUCUUCUGUCUCCGCGCAGAGGCCGAAGCCGCCGCCCGCGGCCCCGCGCCCGCCCCGCGGAGCGCGGUGUUCCGGUACCGGAUCUGCGACGUGGACCACAAGCGCCUUUACCUGCGCGACGGGCGGCUCGUGGCCGGGCACCUGCAGGGGGCCAACGCGGCGCGGGAAGAGAAGGUGUUUUGGGUGCCCAACCGCGCCUUCGCGCCCGCCCGGCUGCCCGUCAUCAUGGGCAUCCAGAACGGGUCCCGGUGCCUCGCCAGCGCCCCCGGCCCCCGGCCCAGCCUGUGCCUGCAGGACGCCGACAUCCGGGAGCUGCCCCGCGCCGGGCCGGCCUCGGCCGCCUUCACCUUCUUCCGCUCGUACCGGGCCGGGCUGUGGCGCUUCGAGUCGGCCGCGAACCCCGGCUGGUUCCUCUGCACCUCGGCGCGGGGCCACCAGCCCCUGGGGCUCUCCCGGAGCCACGAUGCCACCACCCGCCUCGACUUCUACUUCAGCGCCGCCGAGUCCCCGGAGCCCGGCACCGCCCCUGGGGACGGUGACACCCCCACGGGGGACCGGGACCCCCCCAUCGGGGGCGGUGACACCCCCACUGGGGACCGGGAUCCCCCCACUGGGGACCGGGACCCCCCCAUCGGGGGCGGUGACACCCCCCGGUGACCCCCGGUGACGCCGCGGGGCAAUAAAGCUGCCGAGGGCACCUGCU